GGCUCGGAAAACACGAUAUCAUGUGCCCCCAAAACUGUGAUACUGUUCAUUAGUGCCGGCAGGGUAAGGACGCCAUCUCUCAGUCCUUGCGCUUCUAUUGCUAGACCGCCAGUAUCGGACUUUCAUGCAGACAAGGUCUUGGCAGACACCUUUGUGGCCGCAUUGUCUGGUUCCAUAAAGCGCGUAGCAACCACGAGUUAUUCGCCUCCCCCGCUAUAGCACGGGUACUGUACCCCAUGCUAGAAAAUAUGCUUACUCCCACAUCGGUGGACCAAAUGGCGCGAAGCGCGGGAAGUAGUAGCAUCUGGAUGCUCCUGGCCUGCCUCGGACUCAUUGCAGCGGCCCAGUAUCCGCUCUUAUUACGUUCCUUCCAGAACAUUGUCUAUCCUAGAAGCUCCCCCAUACCGUCUCCUAAAGUGUCCGGCGACGACAUUGUGGACUUUGCAGCUGCGGAGAGCGUAAAGGGCAGCGGGAGGAAGGAUAUUCUGGAACAGGUGCGUGCGACGCCGGGAUGGGAGGGAUUUGAGAGUCAUCCAAGGAGGAGAUUGCUUGCAGCGAUGGUGGGAUUGUUGGAGUACAGCGAUAGAGCGCAGGCCGGGGUUCAGGAGAAGAGGAGCAGGUGGUGGAAGCUUAGUCGCAGACAAAGAGAGGUCCGGAUUUGGCUCUGCUAUGCAUUGCAACGAUAUAUCUAAUUAUAGAGGAAAGCUGACCAGUACCAGAUAAUGCCAUCUGGCUACCUCGAGAGAUUGGGCGAGACAUCCAGUCUCAUCAGGGAAAACGGCCGGGUAGCCCAGCAAAUCCUCGAUUAUGGCUUAGCGUUCUACAACAUACCCUUCCCGGACCUCCUGCGUUUCCAGUCUGCACACAAAUCCGACCCGCGGCCAAUAGGUGACCACACUUCGGUCGUGCAGUCCCUCAAACAUUUCGUCCGCGACUGGUCCACCACCGGAGCCCACGAGCGGGAGUCAACGUUUGCGCAAAUCCUCGAAACCCUGGAAACCCUAUCUCCCGGGGGAGGGGAUUCGAGGGCUAGGCAGAAAAUCCUUGUGCCAGGCGCCGGCCUUGGCAGGUUGGCGUACGAGAUAAGUGCGCUCGGUUUUACCACUAUCGCGAACGAGUACAGCUUUUACAUGACGAUGGCGCACAGAUGGGUGCUAUCACUCGCUGAUCAUGAUGGGGAAAGGAUCCAACACACCUACUACCCGUUUGUGAAUUGGUGGUCCCAUCAGCGGGAGAGCAGGAAUGUUCUCCGAGGCAUCACCUUCUCGGAGGUCCAAUUCUCCGGUGAGGCGCUCAAAAGGCACACUUUGCUGGAAGGGGACUUUACGAAGCUAUUCCUAGACGACAGCGAGAGGGGAUCCUACGACGUGGUCGUUACUCUGUUCUUCAUAGACACGGCUAGGAACAUCGUCGAGCACCCCGAGAACAUCUAUGCUGUGCUCAAGGCUGGUGGGACCUGGAUUAACCUGGGGCCGCUGCUCUAUGGAACUGGCCCGUGGGUCGAGCCAUCGCUGGAGGAGAUACUGCAAAUAGCGCAGAGAUUGGGGUUCAAACUGCUGCCCACGGAUGACCGCUUUGGUGCGGAUAGCUUCAAUAAUCAAGUACCUGAGUGGAGGGGGAAAGUGCGUGGAUGUCUGGCAGGGUACAGUUGGGAUAAGGAGAGCUUGAGUCGGAAUGCUUAUGAGGCACAGUUCUGGGUUGCGAGGAAGGUACGGUGA